AUGAAGCCCUUUUCGAGGAUAUCUAGUAUGUAUUUUUUUAAUUUUUGAGGUGGAAAGUGGUUUUGAGAAGGUUCAUUCGGGACAAGAUUCUGAAGAUUCUUUAGGCCGCUAUUUUUAUUGCCAAAACUCCGAAUUAGUAUUCUAACAAUUCUAGCGGUGACGAUGACAAAUCUACCACAGUAAAGGAACAAAACAAUGACCAAACAGAAGAAAAGAAGGAAGAGACUUCUGCUAAGGAAGAAGCUCCAGCCCAAGGAGAAACUACUACUUCAGGUGCAAACGAGACUAAAGCAGAAGAGCCAGCUUCUGGCACGCCAGUUCAGCAACAGGCUGCUUUGCCAGUGGCAGCACCUGCACAACCAGAACAGAAUGCUAUCCCACCACCUCCACCUGUGUCGGACCAGAUGUCGGGCCAGAUGCCAGGACAAAUGCCAGGACAAAUGCCAGGACAAAUGCCAGGACAAAUGCCAGGACAGAUGCCAGGACAGAUGCCAGGACAGAUGCCAGGACAGAUGCCAGGACAGAUGCCAGGACAGAUGCCAGGACAGAUGCCAGGACAGAUGCCGGGACAGAUGCCGGGACAAAUGCCAGACUUUCAACAAAUGCAGCAAAUGCAGCAGCAGUUCCAAGGGGGUAUGCCAUUACCUCCUCAGCCACCACAACCACCACAACCUCAACAAUUACCACCUUCGAACAUGGGUAAAGACCAUGGUAAAAUGUUUAUUGGUGGGCUUAACUGGGACACUACCGAACAAGGAUUGGUUGAAUAUUUCACCAAAUAUGGUGAGGUUAUUGACCAUACCAUUAUGAGAGAUAAUAACACCGGCAAGUCCCGUGGGUUCGGUUUCUUAACUUUUAAAGAUCCAAAGUCGGUUGACGAAGUUAUUAAAACUGACCACAUAUUAGACGGUAAAUUGAUUGAUCCUAAGAGAGCCAUUGCGAGAGAAGAACAAGACAAAGUUGGUAAGAUUUUUGUUGGUGGUAUUGAUCCAAUGGUCAACGAAAAAGACUUUAAUGAUUUCUUUUCUCAAUUCGGUAGUAUUAUUGAUGCCCAAUUGAUGAUCGACAAGGAUACUGGUAGAUCGAGAGGUUUCGGUUUUAUUACUUAUGAUUCUCCUGAUGCUGUCGAUAGGGUUACUGUGAAUAAAUACUUAACUUUGAAGGGUAAGUCCAUGGAAGUCAAGAGAGCAGAACCAAGAGGCCAACAUCAACAGAAUCAAAUGCAACAGCAACAACAGCAACAACCAUAUAACUAUGGUAACUACGGUAACCAAUAUGGCCAAACGCAAUACCAACAACCAGGUAUGGCUGCUUAUGGUCAAGGUAUGAAUGGUAUGUCACCAGAAAUGAUGCAAGAGUAUUGGCAAAGAAUGCAACAAUGGUACAUGUACCAACAGCAACAACAACAAGCUCAAGGCAACACUGGAGAUUACAAUCAGCAAUCAGAGCAACCUGAACAGCCAUUGAAUCCUCAGCAGCAAGCCCCCGCCGAGUCCCAAGACAACCAAGAGCCAGAAAAUGGAUCUGACAGUUCAGGUACUCCAAGUGGGCCAUCAAGAAGAAUGAACUUACCAAAGGGACCAAGAAGAGCGCCACCUUCAGGCCCUUCUGGUAAUUCAAGAGGUAGAGGUGGUUACCAAAAUAGAAAUAGAGGAUACCAUCCAUAUAGUAGGGGUGGAAGAAGAUGA